AUGGAGCCUGAUUUUGAACGUCGUCUUAUACAAUCUAUGUCGGGUGGUUCAUCUCUUAAUUCAUCUCCAUUUUCAUCUCCAAUCUCAUCUCCAUCACCUAUUAAAUGUAGUGAUCGUUUUAUUCCACUUAGAAGUUUAUCACAACCAUCUGCAUUUUUUAUCGAUCAAGAACAAACACAUAAAGGGCCAAUGAUUGAUAAAAAAUCAUCUCGUGAUCCAACCACAUCAGCAACAAAUACAAAUGGAAAUUCAUCAACCAAUGGUACAACAAUUGCAGCUGAUCGAACAAAAGAUGUAUUAACUUAUCAAGCUUUACUACAAAAUGAAAUGUUUGGAACACAAAUCGAUACUUUAUAUGAUGAAUAUCAUAUGAAUAGUUCUUAUUCAAAUAUUAACAGUAAUCAACAUCAUACAACAGGAACUACAAAUCAAGGUGGAAAUAAUGAUACAACAAUUAAUGGAGGAAUUAAUUCUCAACCUGUAACAACAACAUUAAAUGGACAAACUAUUGGUGGACAAAUUCAUACAACAUCAAUAUCAGGAAUCAAUGGUAUUCUUUCUCAAUCAUCUCAGCAACGUUUACCAUAUACAAAUACAAAUUCGAAUCUAUUACGUACACGGGAUCCGAAUACUAUCUUUCGUUAUUCUGCCCGACGUAAUACAGAUGAUUUACAUUAUUCACCAUAUUCUUUAUCUCCAUUAUCACCUGCAUCAAUUCGUCUUUUACGUUCACCACGUAAACAAUUACGAAAAAUUCCUAAAACUCCAUUUAAAGUUCUUGAUGCACCUGAACUUCAAGAUGAUUUUUAUUUAAAUUUAGUUGAUUGGUCAUCAACAAAUAUUUUAGCUGUUGGUCUUAAUGCAUCGGUUUAUUUAUGGAAUGCAAAUACAAGUAAUGUCACACGUUUAUGUGAUUUACAAACUGAAUCAGAUACAGUAACAAGUGUAGCAUGGAGUGAUCGAGGGCAAUAUGUUGCUGUUGGAACUCAUAAAGGUAUUGUUCAGAUAUGGGAUGCAACAACAAAUCGCAAAACAGUUUCAUUUCCACGUCAUACAGCACGUGUUGGUGCAUUAGCAUGGAAUGAUCAUUGUAUAUAUUCUGGUUCACGUGAUCGAUUUAUAUUACAAAAUGAUACACGUUCAAGUAAACAAGAACGUAAAUUAGCUGGACAUAGACAAGAAGUAUGUGGAUUAAAAUGGUCACCUGAUAGACAAUUACUGGCAAGCGGUGGAAAUGAUAAUCGUUUAUUAGUAUGGAAUCAAUCAUGUAUAAAUCCAAUACAAAUUUAUACGGAUCAUACAGCAGCUGUUAAAGCUAUUGCAUGGAGUCCACAUCAACAAGGUUUAUUAGCAAGUGGCGGAGGAACAGCCGAUCGAUAUAUUCGAUUUUGGAAUACAUUAACAGCACAAAGUUUACAAUGUAUUGAUACUGGAUCUCAAGUAUGUAAUUUAGCAUGGUCAAAACAUUCAAAUGAACUUGUAUCAACGCAUGGUUAUUCACAAAAUCAAAUUGUUGUUUGGAAAUAUCCAUCAAUGUUACAAUUAGCUCGUUUAACAGGACAUACAUUUCGUGUAUUAUAUUUAGCUGUAUCACCUGAUGGUGAAUCAAUUGUAACAGGAGCUGGAGAUGAAACACUUCGAUUUUGGAAUGUAUUUACAAAAUGUCGUGCUAAUAAAGAAUCCGACAGUGUACUUAAUUUAUUUAAUAAAAUUCGAUGA